AUGUCAGCCAUCUACCGCUGGUUCGGCCCUCUCUACGACGCCCUCUUCUGCCCAUCUCUUCCCUUCACCGUGCGAUGGAGAUUACUCGCACUCCAGCCUAUCUCUCUCCUCGCAAACACUAUUCAGUACUUCUCGUCGCGCGGCCGAGAUAAGGGGACAGUGAUCUGGAUUCCGCUUCGUACGCCAGGCCUGUCCGCCCGGGCGAUUAUCUUUAUCCCAUCAGAAUCGUCGCUCCCACGCACAAACAAAGGUAUACAUCUUAAUAUCCAUGGAGGUGGAUUUCUCGGCGGCCUGCCAGAAGGACAUACACAAUUUUGUCGAAAGGUGGCCGCUGAGAAUGGGUGUGUUGUCGUCUCCACUUCGUAUCGCUAUGCGCCACGGUAUACUUUUCCGGCAGCGCACGAGGACGUGCAAGAUGUGGCCGAGUGGAUGAUCCAGAACGCAGAAAGGCUAUGGGGUGCAGAUCCAAGGCUUCUCACUGUCAGCGGAUUUUCCGCGGGCGGGAAUCUUGCGUUAGGAGUUGCCCAGCGAUUGCAUGGAUCCGAUUUUUGUGUCAAGGCGUCCGUGACCUUUUAUGCGCCGGUUGACCUAAGAUUGCCUCCGUGGGAGAAGCCGAAACCGCCAGGAUUCCCGGCGAAGGACCCAUUGGAAUUUCUGUUACCUCUGAUGGAUGCAUACGCAGGCCCGGAUCGACAGAGGAACCUGGAGAACCCAUUACUACACCCAAUACUGGCUGAUAUUAGCUCACUACCGCGAAACAUGCUGUUUGUGGUUCCCAGUGUCGAUAUUCUUCUACAUGAACAGACGCUAUUCAUACAAAGACUAGAAGAAGAAGCUGCAGUGAUUAAUCGCCAGAUAUCACAGAAUACAGAAUAUACCCGGAAGAAGCCAUCGGAAGGUAUUGCAUUGGGCCCUUACCAAAUUAAGAGCAUGUUCUUCGACGGUCAGAUCCAUGGAUGGCUAGAAGUUCCAUCGAUCUUCAUCGACACCAAGAUUAGAGACCAAGUUUUCGAUGACGCUGUUCAUUUCCUUAGUGAUGUUCAUACCUCGAACGUGGAGCAUCAGGGAUGA